CUUCCAUUGCUUUCCAUCAGGGGGGUUCAGAGUCCACCGCCAUUCGGCUGAUUUGUCAUCGGGGUCCAAUGUUUAGGAAUCAAGCCCCUCUGCCCUCCAGGCAUCUAUAACUGCGUGUCCUUAGCAGCCUUAUUUAAACUCCUCCAAUUCUUUCAAUCAAUCCAUCCUCAACCAUCAAACCACAAUUCCUUUCCCAAACAAUCCCAUCCACACAUCCACAAUGGCCUCUUUCGGAACCAUCUACAGCUACCCCGACAACCCCCGGGUCAUGAAGACCCAGGCGGCUGCCAACUUCAACGGCCUGACCCUCACCCACGCCGACUUCACCAUGCGCGUCACCAACCGUGAACCCUCCUUCCUCGCCAAGUUCCCCAUGGGCAAGGUCCCUGCUUUCGAAGCCGCAGACGGUACCCUGCUCGUCGAGUCGGAUGCUAUCACUCAAUACGUUGCCGACAGUGGACCCGCCGCGGGACAGUUGCUGGGUGCCACCCCGGCCGAGCGGGCUCUGAUCCGCCAGUGGAUCUGUUUCGCCGACGGCGAGCUGAACGCCAGCAUCGCCCAACUGGUUUACUGGAGACUCGGUUUCCGGGAGUUCAAUGCCAACACCGAGAAGGAGGGAUUGGAGAGGCUGAACCGCAGCCUGGAGUACCUCGAGAACCGCCUCGCUGGUCGCUCCUGGAUUGCCACGGACAAGGUCAGCUUGGCGGAUAUCUCGGUUGCAGCUGCCUUGUACUGGGGCUUCAGCAUGGUGAUUGAUGCGGAGAUGCGCAAGAAUUACCCGGGCGUGGUGGCUUGGUAUGAGCGCACCCUCGACAGCGAGCAUGUCAAGGAGGCCUUUGGUCCUAAGAACUUUGUCGAGAAAAGAAAGGAGGCCAACUAGGCCGAUGGAUCAGACACAUUAAUGAUUUAUGACAAUAGUGAAAAAAUAAUACAAUUGACGUUGUUCCAACGGA